CUCCAUUCUAACAACUUAAUGUUUUAAUGUUUUCAGACCCAAUGGAAGUGAAAGCAAAGACAAGAACUGAAGUGAAAGAUUGGAUAAAAACACACCUGCAGAUUGAUCAUAGUUCACACCUGCAGUGAAGCCCCUCCUACAACAAUUAACCAAUAACUACUGGGAAUAUUCCCAUCAUCCUACAAGAGAAGGACAAAUUCCAGGAGUAGCAGCUGAAAUCUGUGUGACUGUUAAAGAUGGAGUUUAUGAACGAGGAGACUGAAGACAUGAGUGAUCCAGAACCAUCCAGAAUAAAACAUGAAGAUACUGAGGAACAAAUAGACCAGGUGAGAGUGAAAGAGCAAAGACAAGAACUGAAUGAAGUGGAGGAGGAACAUCAUAAUUUUACAAUUCAAAGAACAAAAGCCAAAAAGGCACACACCUGCACUCAGUGUGGAAAGAGUUUCAGUCAAAAAGGAAACCUUAAGACACACAUGAGAAUUCACACUGGAGAGAAACCGUAUACAUGCACUCAGUGUGGAAAGAGUUUUACUCAAGCAUCCACUCUCAAUUAUCAUCAGCACAUUCACACUGGAGAAAAAUUAUUUAACUGUGAUCAGUGUGGUCAAGGUUUUAUUUCAUCAUCAAAUCUAAAAUCGCACCUGAAACUUCAUUCAGAUGAGAAGCCUUAUGUGUGUUCUCUCUGUGGAAAAAGUUUUUCAAGGCUGGGCAACUUAAAACAGCACCAGGAAACACACAAUGAAGUGAAAGAGCAUGUGUGCAUUGACUGUGGGAAGAGCUUUACUAGAUCUGGUGAACUGAAACAGCACCAAAUAAUUCAUACUGGAGAAAAACCUUACAAGUGCUCAUAUUGUGAGAAGAGUUUCAAUCAGUCUGGACCCCUCAAAUCACACGAGCGAGUUCACACUGGAGAGAAGCCGUACUACUGUACUCAGUGUGAGAAGAGUUUCACUUCUGUAUCCACUCUCAAUUAUCAUCUGCGUAUUCACUCUGGAGAAAAGCCAUUUAAAUGUGAUCAGUGUGAUAAAGGUUUUAUUUUAAUAUCAAAUCUAAAAUCACACCUGAAACUUCAUUCAGAUGAGAAGCCUUAUGUGUGUUCUCUCUGUGGAAAGUGUUUUUCAAAGCUGUUCUGUUUUAAACAGCACCAGAAAACACACAAUGAAGUGAAAGAGCAUGUGUGCUUUGACUGUGGGAAGAGCUUUACUACAUCUAAAUAUCUGAAACAGCACCAACAAAUUCAUACUGGAGAAAAACCUUACAAAUGCUCAUAUUGUGACAAGAGUUUCAAUCAGGCUGGAAACCUGAAAUCACACGAGCGAGUUCACACUGGAGAGAAGCCGUACGGCUGUCCUCAGUGUGAGAAGAGUUUCACCCAUUCGAGUACUCUAAUGAAUCAUAUUAGUAAGCAUUGUUCUGUGUCACAGUAAGCAAAUGUUUGUUAGAUUCACAUAAAGUAAAUGUGUUGUUAGUCAACUAUUAAACUAGUGUUGCUGUGAAAUGCCACAAGAUUUGUGUUUUCUAUGUUAGAGAACAAGAAAAAAAAAUGCUUACUCAAAGA